AUGUCUGAUGAACCUUUUUAUCCCAUUAAAAAUCUGAAGCCAUUACUGAACAAUUUGAGCAUACAAUGUUUAAUCAUUAAAUAUUUAGAAGAUCCUCCACAACAUAUAAAUAACAUAAUUAAAUAUCAUUACUUGGUAGCAGACAUUACAGGUUCUGUAAUAUUAUGUAUUCCUCACACGUUAAUAGAAGAAGAGCUGAAGAAAAAGAAUAUAAACAUUCUAAAUGAUGACAUAGAGGAUGUUGUGGACUCAUACAACAGUACACAUUUUAACAUGAACGAAGGUGCAAAUUAUAAUGUGACAAAUCAGACGAAUAAUUAUACACACGACUUAAAUAAAAAGAUACAGAUUUCAAAGGAUUCUAAGAAUAUAACACAUUUGACUAAUAUCAGCAGCCCUAAAAGUAACAAAAUUUCGAAAUAUUUUUUCAGGGUUGGUGAUAUUCUGAACAUAGACGGCGCUGUAACUACCUGGUCAAUGGGAAAAAUGGUUAUAAUGCCAAACACACGGGGAAAAAAAGGAAAUUUGUAUGAAACCAGAGGAUCGAUUCAAAGAGUUGGUUUUUUCAGUAUGAAAGUGAGUCUAGAACCAAAUGUUAGUAAUUUAAUAACAUCAACAACGGAAAAGAAAUAUCAAGAGGGAGAUGAAAAAGGGAUCCUACCAAAUCGAAGUAAUGUUGCAGGAAAAAGUACUCAAACGUUAAAAAAUAAAAACCAAAAUAGAUUUGUUAGCACCGGUAUGGUAAGCAAGUAUGAUAUACUUCCCCUAAUAAGUAGUGAUGACAAUUUGUAG